AUGAGCAAGGCCACCGUCGGGUCCUUGCUAGCUGACACUGCAAAUUCCAUUACCGACAGUCUACGCAUUCUCGAUGGGUCCGACAAGAGCCAAUGGGGCGCCGACGAACAUGAACAGCUCCGACGCCUCGAACAUGCCCUCGACGAGGCCAGGAAGGAUUUCCAGGAGCUUUCUCCCUUCCUUGAUGGCCAGCGCUACUAUAUGAACGACCGCCGACCCCAGUCGAUUGAAGAGCUAUCCAUCUUGAAUACCAAGUUCCAACACCACGCCGAAAGCUUCCGCCACUGGGCGCAUCAGGGCGGGCCCAUCAAUCCCCUCUGGGCCGUCGAGACCUCCACCCUCAGCCGCGAACUGCACCGCGCUCAGUGUCGCGCGGCUCGUCGUAUUUUCGCGUCGAAACAAGAGCAGGCCGCCCCGCGCUGUCUCGGCGCCUUCCUCGUCUUCCGCAAGCAGCGCGAAUGGGCCCUCAGGCGAGCGCAGAGGAGACGUCAGCAGCAGAAAAGGUCCAGCGGUGGAGAUGCCAGUCACGACCAGGUUCCGGUCCAACAACAGCAACAACAGCAACAACAGCAACAACAGCAACAACAACAACAACAACAACAACAACAACAACAACAACAACAACAACAACAACAACGACCCCCGCCCACCCCAACAGCUAGGGAGCUUCACCGGCAUCGGAGGAAAGGGUCGAGCUUGGUCCCCGCCGACGAUCGCGCCGCCGAUAGCGCAGCGGACGAUGAGUACGAGGAACAACGUUUCCGCAUGGAGGAGCUAGCACUGUGCAAUUCCAUCGGUAAAUUCCAGCGGUUCGGCGACCGCGACAUUGCUUUCGUUUGCGACUUUUGCGACGGGCACAUCAUAUGGGAGGACCUCGAGACCAUGCCGUCGAUGCGAACCGUGGACGAAGAGACCGCGGCGGCGGCGGCGGAGGCGCAUCCGGGAGCCGUCGACGGCGGUCCCGCGACGCAGGGGCACGAUAGUACGGCCGUCCCCCGCGCCACGCGACCGCUGCCGCCCGAACCGCCGGGGAUCCUGCAUUGGCAGGCCACGGGGUUCACCGUGUCGGGACACGGGGAGAAGAGCGUGGUGUUUCCGCCGCUGGCGAUCGCGAACCAUGUUGCGCCGACGACGCAGAUCGAUUGGGUCGCGCAGCUGCGGUGUCCCGCCUGCGAUGAGCCGCCGGCCGAGGGCGGGGAGGACGAGGGGACGGGCGUCUGGCGGAUGGACGACGAACUUGUUUUCGAUGACUUGGCGGCGUUCGAGGAGCAUUUAUACUGGCAGCACACACCUACAUACGUGCCGAGUAUACCCGUGUCGUUACCGCUUCCAUCGACGAGCUGCCUGUUAAUGUGA